CUUCAGGGGCAUGGGGAAGGCCGACCUAGGAAACGCGAGAGGUGGCUCCGAGGGGAAGGAGGGAAAGUGCGGCGUACUUCGGCGAGGAGCACCGCGACCGUGAGCGCGGGCUCCGCCUGCAGCGCGCCUCGCGCGCAACGGCGCGGCCACUACGCAUGCUCCACUCGCGCGCCCUUCCGCCACGCUCGGCUCUGGGCCGCCGGGGCCCCCGUAGAAGCCGGGCCGCGCCCGCCCUGGCCGUGUGACCCGGAAGGGAGCUGCUGAGGAGGCGGGGCCAGGACGGCGGGACCGGCCGCUGGCUCCCAGCGAGGGCCAAGCCGGGCGGUGGGAGGUGAGAGGAGAGUCCUGCGGCGACCCGGUCCCUGCCGCGUCCCCUUCCCGCUCCCUGACCCGCUCUCCGUGGGGCUGAUGACGGGAGCCAGGUCUUUUCUCCGAGAUGCGCCCGGUCCUGUCAGCCUCCUCGGACCGCACCCCCCCCACCCCGCCCCGAAAGCCGUUCCGCUGCCCUGUGGCCUCCCCCGGCACCCCUGAUGGUCUGCAGGCUUGGGUCUGACCUUGCUACUUGCUUCUACCUGCUGUCUCAUCCCCAGCUCCAGACCUCACCUCUACACCUCAGUUUACCGCUCCUAUUCCAGGCCCAUGAUAGUUCCCCCUCUCCCCCCCGACCCCCAUUUAGGCUUAUCAGUUGUUUUAUUUCACCCUGGUCAUUGGUUGUCCACUGCCACAUCACCGAUUACCUCCCGGUCUUGCCCCGCUCCCCAUGCUACCCGGACCCCUGCCCCCAUCGAGGUCCACAUCCCAUGUUUCCCCUCCCCUUCACACCUUUCUUCUGUCAUCUUUUAUCCCCCCCAUUCCUACUCUCACCGCUCCCCAGUUACCCCCAUAUUGCUACAUACCACACAUACCUUUUCCUGAUCGCCAGCAUAGCCGUCUUCCUAUUCCCAUUUACCAUUUUCCGGCUUAAUAACUCAGUUUAUCUGAGGACUGCCCCUCCCUUCUCCAGCUAAGAAUAAUAUUAGAUUGUGUUUAGGGAGCUCUCACCGUGUGCUAGCGGCUGUUUUAGGUGGUCUACAUACAUGAUCUUACUCAGGUUUUUACAACUUUACAAUACUAUCCCCAUGUUGCAGAGGAGGGAACUGAGGCUCAGUGGUGAAGUAAGUUGUCCAAAAGUACUCUCAGAGUAAGUCAAAGAGCCAGAAUUCAGAGUCACACCUGAGUCUCACCUGUGCUAUAUAUUGCCUUUCUAACAGCUUCACCAUCUCCUGACCUCAUUUCCUACCCUUCAGCUGCAUGAUUAACACCUCCCUAUAUAUCUGCCUGACUUAGACCCUCACCAGACAUACAACUUAUGUGCCAGGUGGAACCUGGUCUUUUUUCCUAUAAUUUUAUCUGGCCCCCUCAGCCCCUCUCCUGCUCACAAUACCCUGGUACACUUUCCCCAUCCAGCCAUCCGGAUGUGGGGGCCCACCGCCCAACCUUCUUUCCUCCAUUCUAUCUGCCGUGGCCCACAUUCCAGCUUUACGCUAUCAUUUUUACUCCCUGUCCUGCCUCUCCUCCACCCUGACUUUCCUCAUUUGUUCUGGCUCCACUGUCCCCCAUGCUGCUGUCCUGCCUGCUCACCCCUCUUACCUUCUAAGUCUUGAUCUGUAUCCCUCGGCCAUCCUGCUCUUCUGUCCUACCUAGCUGUCACUCUUUUUGUGACCUUCUUGUUCUUAUCCUCUUUCAUAACCUCUUCCAUUUCUUUUUUUUUUUUUUUUAAGAUUUUAUUUAUUUAUUUGAGAGAAAGAGAGAGAGAGAAACAGCAUGAGAGGGGAGAGGGUCUGAGGGAGAAGCAGGCUCCCCGCUGAGCCGGGAGCCCAAUGUGGGACUCGAUCCCAGGACUCCGGGAUCAUGACCUGAGCCGAAGGCAGUCGCUUAACCAACUGAGCCACCCAGGCGCCCAACCUCUUCCAUUUCUUAACCCCCUUCACUUCAUGCUCUUGCCAUUUCCACUGCAUUCUCCUUCCUUCUAAAUCCCCAAAUAUAUUCAAGUUAUGUAUUCUGUCUCGUUGGCUUUUUCUCUUUGGUCUGUAAAUUCCAUCAUGCAGCCUACCAGUCACCCUGCACCUGAUCUGUGUCUCAAGGUUCCAUCCCCUCCAUGUAGUCUUUUCCCUUGCCCUCAUUGCCUUUAUCUUUCUCCUUGUGUGUCCCAGGAGGUCAGGAUGGUGGGGGAACGGCGCACCAGGGACCUCAUGGUGCCCUUGGGGCCCCGGCUGCAAGCAUAUCCUGAAGAGCUUAUUCGACAGCGGCCUGGGCAUGAUGGGCAUCCUGAAUACCUGAUCCGAUGGAGUGUUCUGAAGUGUGGGGAAGGGGGCAGAGUGGGUGUGGAAGAGGGCAAGACAGAGCACAUCCUCAUGUGGCUGUCAGCCCCCGAAGUCUACGCCAACUGCCCCAUGCUGUUAGGUGAGCGGGCACUAUCUAAGGGACCUCAGCAUGAACCAGCUGGGGGUUCAGGAAGCUUUCCCCGAGAUCCAGGAGGUCUGGAUGACACAGCAGUGGGAGAGAUGGAGGCUGAUGUGCGGGCGCUGGUGCGCAGGGCUGCCAGGCAGCUGGCAGAAGGUGGGACCUCGAGCCUCACAGCUGCUGUGCUCCACACCAUCCAUGUGCUCAGUGCCUAUGCCAGCAUCGGGCCCCUCACUGGGGUCUUCAGGGAGACGGGAGCCCUGGACCUGCUCAUGCACAUGUUAUGCAACCCUGAGCCUCAGAUCCGUCGGAGUGCGGGCAAGAUGCUACAGGCUCUGGCAGCCCACGAUGCUGGGAGUCGGGCUCACGUCCUUCUGUCACUGAGCCAGCAAGAUGGCAUCGAGCAGCACAUGGAUUUUGACAGCCGCUAUACUUUGCUGGAGCUGUUUGCAGAGACCACCUCCUCUGAGGAACACUGCAUGGCCUUUGAGGGCAUUCAUCUGCCUCAGAUCCCAGGAAAGCUGCUCUUCUCCCUGGUGAAACGCUACCUAUGUGUCACCUCCCUGCUGGAUCAGCUGAAUAAUAGCCCAGAGCCAGGGGCUGGAGACCGAGGCUCCCUGUCCUCAAGGGAGUUCGGCCGGGAGAAAAGCCGGGGGCAGCGGGAGCUGGAAUUCAGUAUGGCUGUGGGCAACCUCAUCUCCGAGCUGGUGCGGAGCAUGGGCUGGGCCCGGAACCUCAGUGAACAGAGCACAUUGCCACUGCGGCCUGCCCGCUCCAUCUUUCAGCCCUGCGUUUCAGGCCCUAGCCUUUUGCUCCCCACCAUGGUUGCCGCCCCCAGAAGGCAAGAGCGGGCCUUCCGCCAACGCUCUGAAUUCUCAAGCCGCUGUGGCUAUGGUGAGUAUGUGCGAGAGACGCUGCAGGCCGGGAUGCGAGUGCGCAUGCUGGAGGACUAUGAGGAGGUCAGCGCUGGGGACGAGGGCGAGUUCCGUCAGAGCAACAAUGGCGUGCCCCCCGUGCAGGUCUUCUGGCAGUCGACGGGCCGCACCUACUGGGUGCACUGGCACAUGCUGGAGAUCCUGGGCCCUGAGGAGGCUGCCGAGGAUUCGGCUUCAGGAGCUGUGGAGAAGGGGGCGGAGGCUCCUCUGCUGGGCACAGUGCUUCCUUCCUGGGACUGGAAACCUGUGGAUGGGCUCUACUCUUUGCCAUACCUCCAGCCCGAGCCCCAGAAGAAUGAGCAUUUGGGAUACCUGACCCAGGCCGAGUGGUGGGAGCUGCUCUUCUUCAUCAAGAAGCUGGACAUCUGUGAGCAGCAGCCAAUUUUCCAGAAUCUUCGGGAGAACCUGGAUGAGACCCUGGGUGACAAGGCCCUGGGUGACCUCUCCGUGCCUGUAGAGCUCGCGGAGGGUCUGCUGCAGGUGCUCAGCGCUCGGUUUGAGGGCAGCACCCUCAGCGACCUGCUCACCUCCCAAAUCUACACCAAGUAUGGGCUGCUGCCCGAUGAACUAAGCAUCUCGUCCUCUUUACGAAGUCACUCCUGUACCCCAGAUCCAGAAGAGGAGUCCAAGUCAGAGGCCACCUUCUCAGAAGAAGAGACCGAAUCCCCCAAAGCAAAAGCUGAGCCCCCGAAGGCAGAUUCAGAACCUGCCAAGGGAAAAACUGAGCCCCCUGUGGCACAGAGUGAUUCACAGCUGUUUAACCAGCUUCUGGUGAUGGAGGGGAUUGCUCUGCCCCCUGAGAUGAAGGAGGCAGCCAGUGAAAUGGCUAGAGGCUUGCGGGGUCCUGGUUCGCGCAGCUCCCUGGAUCAGCAUGUGGCAGCGGUCGUGGCCACCGUGCAGAUAUCCAGCUUGGACACAAACCUGCAGCUUUCAGGGCUCUAUGCCCUCUCUCAGGCCGUGGAGGAGGUCACUGAUCGGGACCACCCUCUGGUCCGUCCCGACAGAUCCCUGAGAGAGAAGCUAGUGAAGACGCUGGUGGAGCUGCUGACCAACCAGGUGGGAGAGAAGAUGGUGGUGGUGCUGGCCCUGCGCCUCCUCUACCUGCUCAUGACCAAGCAUGAGUGGCGCCCCCUCUUUGCCAGGGAGGGCGGCAUCUACGCUGUGCUGGUUUGCAUGCAAGAAUAUAAGACUUCCGUCCUGGUGCAGCAGGCGGGGCUGGCGGCACUGAAGAUGCUGGCCAUUGCCAACUCCACGGAGAUCCCCACUUUUGUUACUGGCCGAGACCCUCUCCACCCUUUGUUUGAUGCCCAGAUGACCAGAGAGAUCUUCGCCAGCAUCGACUCAGCUACCCAGCCAGGCUCUGAGAGCCUUCUCCUUACUGUCCCUGCAGCCGUGAUCCUGAUGCUGAACACAGAGGGGUGCUCCUCCGCAGUGAGAAACGGUCUGCUCCUGCUCAACCUGCUUCUGUGCAACCACCACACUCUGGGGGACCAGAUUAUAACCCGAGAGCUGAGGGACACCUUGUUCAGGCACUCUGGGAUAGCACCGGGGACAGAGCCCAUGCCUACCACACGCACCAUCCUCAUGAUGCUCCUCAAUCGCUACUCAGAGCCACCGGGCAGUCCUGAGCACACAGCAGCACUGGAAACCCCUGGUGCCCAGGGCCAGGAUGGGUCCCCUGAGCGCCUGAUCCGAUCCCUGGUGGGGGGCCCGUCUGCAGAGCUCCUUCUGGGCUUGGAGCGGGUGCUGUGCCGUGAGGGCAGCCCAGGGGGUGCUGUGAGGCCCCUCCUCAAGCGCCUCCAGCAGGAGACCCAGCCCUUCCUCCUGUUGUUGAGGACUCUGGAUGCCCCGGGGCCCAACAAAACUCUGCUGCUGACCGCACUGAGGAUCAUGACCCGGCUGCUGGAUCACCCUGAGGCGAUGGCCCUCCCCUGGCACGAGGUCUUGGAGCCCUGCCUCAACUGUCUCAGUGGCCCUAGCAGCGACUCUGAGAUUGUUCAGGAGCUGCUCUGCUUUCUGCAUCGGCUGGCCUCAAUGCAUAAGGACUAUGCUGUCGUUCUCUGCUGCCUGGGAGCCAAAGACGCCCUCUCCAAAGUCCUGGACAAGCACUCGGCUCAGCUGCUGCUGGCCUGUGAGCUUCGGGACCUCGUGACAGAGUGUGAGAAACAUGCCCAGCUCUACAGUAACCUCACCUCCAGCAUCCUGGCUGGUUGCAUUCAGAUGGUGCUGGGCCAGAUCGAAGACCACAGACGGACCCACCAACCCAUCAACAUCCCCUUCUUUGACGUAUUCCUCAGGCAUCUCUGCCAGGGCUCCAGUGUGGAAGUGAAGGAGGACAAGUGCUGGGAGAAGGUGGAGGUGUCCUCCAACCCACACCGGGCCAGCAAGCUGACGGACCGCAACCCCAAAACCUACUGGGAGUCCAACGGCAGCACCGGCUCCCACUACAUCACCUUGCACAUGCACCGUGGUGUUCUUGUCAGGCAGCUGACUUUGCUCGUGGCCAGUGAGGACUCAAGCUACAUGCCGGCCAGGGUGGUGGUGUUUGGGGGCAACAGCGCCAGCUGCAUCAGCACUGAGCUCAACACGGUGAAUGUGAUGCCCUCCGCCAGCCGGGUGGUCCUCCUGGAGAACCUGAACCGCUUCUGGCCCAUCAUCCAGAUCCGCAUAAAGCGCUGCCAGCAGGGCGGCAUCGACACCCGGGUUCGAGGCGUGGAGGUCCUGGGCCCCAAGCCCACUUUCUGGCCACUGUUCCGGGAGCAGCUGUGUCGCCGGACAUGUCUCUUCUAUACCAUUCGGGCACAAGCCUGGAGCCAGGACAUAGCGGAGGACCGCAGGCGCCUCCUCCAGCUCUGUCCCCGACUCACCAGGGUUCUGCGCCACGAGCAGAAUUUUGCUGAUCGCUUCCUCCCUGAUGACGAGGCCGCCCAAGCGCUGGGCAAGACCUGCUGGGAGGCCCUGGUCAGCCCCCUGGUGCAGAACAUCACCUCCCCUGAUGAGGAGGGUGUGAGCUCCCUGGGAUGGCUGCUGGAUCAGUACUUAGAGCAAAGGGAGAGCUCUCAGAACCCACUGAGUCGAGCAGCAUCCUUUGCCUCUCGAGUUCGUCGCCUUUGUCACUUGCUGGUGCAUGUGGAGCCCCCGCCUGGGCCUUCUCCUGAGCCAUCCACUCGGCCCAUCAGCAAGAACAGUAAGGGCCGGGAUCGGAGCCCCGGGCCCUCAGCAGCCCUUCCAAGCAGCAGCCUGAGGAACAUAACGCAGUGCUGGCUGAGCGUGGUGCAGGAGCAGGUCAGCAGGUUCCUGGCCGCAGCCUGGAGGGCCCCCAACUUUGUGCCUCGAUACUGUAAACUCUAUGAGCAUUUGCAGAGAGCAGGCUCAGAGCUCUUUGGGCCUCGGGCAGCCUUCACGCUGGCUCUGCGCAGUGGCUUUUCGGGCGCCUUGCUCCAGCAGUCCUUCCUCACCGCUGCCCACAUAAGUGAGCAGUUUGCCAGGCACAUCGACCAGCAGAUCCAGGGUGGCCUGGUUGGCGGAGCCCCUGGAGUGGAAAUGCUGGGGCGGCUUCAGCGGCACCUGGAGCCCAUCAUGGUCCUUUCUGGCCUGGAGCUGGCCACUACUUUUGAGCACUUCUACCGGCACUACAUGGCAGACCGUCUCCUGAGCUUGGGCUCGAGCUGGCUGGAGGGGGCUGUGCUGGAGCAGAUCGGCCUCUGCUUCCCCAACCGCCUCCCCCAGCAGAUGCUGCUCAGCCUGAGCACCUCUAAGGAGCUGCAACGCCAGUUUCACGUCUACCAGCUCCAGCAGCUCGACAAGCUGCUCUUGGAGCAGGAGAAUGAGGAGGAACAGGGCCUGGAAGAAGAGGAGGAGGAAGCAGAGGAAGAGGAGGCUGAGAAAGAACUAUUUAUCGAAGAUUCAAGUCCAACAGUUUCCAUACUGGUCCUGUCACCACGCUGCUGGCCGGUCUCCCCACUCUGCUACCUGUACCAUCCCAGAAAGUGCCUUCCCACUGAAUUCUGUGAUGCCCUUGACCGCUUCUCCAAUUUCUACAGCCAGAGUCAGAAUCAUCCAGUCCUGGACAUGGGACCCCAUCGGCGGCUGCAGUGGACGUGGCUGGGCCGGGCUGAGCUGCAGUUUGGGGACCAGACCCUGCAUGUGUCCACCGUGCAGAUGUGGUUGCUGUUGCAUUUCAAUCAGACAGAGGAGAUGUCUGUAGAGACUCUGUUGAAGAAUUCUGACCUCACCCCAGAACUACUGCUCCAGGCACUUCUGCCCCUCACCUCAGACAGUGGCCCUUUGAUCCUGCAUGAGGGUCAGGGCUUUCCACACAGGGGUAUGCUGCGGCCUCGGACGCCUGGGUCCCGGCGCUCUGGGGAGGCCCUGUGGCUGAUACCUCCCCAGACGCACCUGAACGUCGAGAAGGAUGAGGGCCGAACUCUGGAACAGAAGAGGAACCUCUUGAGCUGUCUUCUUGUCCGUAUUCUCAAAGCCCAUGGGGAAAAGGGCCUCCAUAUCGAUCAGCUGGUUUGUCUGGUGCUGGAGGCCUGGCAGAAGGGUCCAAAUCCCCCCGGAAGCCUGGGCCGCACUGUUGCAGGAGGCGUGGUCUGUACCAGUACAGAUGUCCUUUCUUGCAUCCUCCACCUCCUGGGCCAGGGCUAUGUGGAGCGGCGCGACGAUCGGCCCCAGAUCCUGAUGUAUGCCACCCCAGAGCCUACGGGGCCUUGCCGGGGUCAGGCAGAGAUCCCCUUCUGUGGCAGCCAGACCACCAAGACCUCCAAGCCUAGCCCAGAAGCUGUAGUUGCCCUGGCAUCUCUCCAGCUGCCUGCAGGCCGCACCAUGAGCCCCCAGGAGGUCGAAGGGUUGAUGGAGCAGACGGUACGGCAGGUGCAGGAGACGCUGAACCUAGAGCCAGAUGUGGCUCAGCACCUUUUGGCUCAUUCCCACUGGGGUGCUGAACAGCUGCUGCAGAGCUACAGCGAUAACCCCGAGCCCCUGUUGUUGGCGGCUGGGCUGUGCGUCCCCCAGGCCCGGGCCGCCCCUUCCCGCCCCGACCACUGCCCUGUGUGUGUCAGCCCACUGGAGCCCGACGACGACUUGCCCUCCCUCUGCUGCAUGCACUACUGCUGUAAGUCUUGCUGGAAUGAGUAUCUGACAACUCGGAUUGAGCAGAACCUUGUGUUGAAUUGCACCUGCCCCAUUGCUGACUGCCCUGCGCAGCCCACGGGAGCCUUUAUCCGGGCCAUUGUCUCCUCACCAGACGUCAUUUCCAAGUACGAGAAGGCCCUUCUGCGUGGCUAUGUGGAGAGCUGCUCCAACCUGACCUGGUGCACCAACCCCCAGGGCUGCGACCGCAUCCUGUGCCGCCAGGGCCUGGGCUGUGGGACCACCUGCUCCAAGUGUGGCUGGGCCUCCUGCUUCAACUGUAGUUUCCCUGAGGCGCACUACCCUGCCAGCUGUGGCCACAUGUCCCAGUGGGUCGACGACGGCGGCUACUACGACGGCAUGAGCGUGGAGGCCCAGAGCAAGCACCUGGCCAAGCUCAUCUCCAAGCGCUGUCCCAGCUGCCAGGCUCCCAUUGAGAAGAACGAGGGGUGUCUGCAUAUGACCUGUGCCAAAUGCAACCACGGAUUUUGCUGGCGCUGCCUCAAGUCCUGGAAGCCAAAUCACAAAGACUACUACAACUGCUCUGCCAUGGUAAGCAGAGCAGCUCGCCAGGAGAAGCGGUUUCAGGACUAUAAUGAGAGAUGUACUUUCCAUCACCAGGCCCGGGAGUUUGCCGUGAGCCUGCGGAACCGCGUGUCUGCCAUCCACGAGGUGCCGCCCCCCAGAUCCUUCACCUUCCUCAGUGACGCCUGCCGGGGACUGGAGCAGGCCCGCAAGGUGCUGGCCUACGCCUGCGUGUACAGCUUCUACAAUCAGGGCACAGAGUACAUGGACGUGGUGGAGCAGCAGACCGAGAACCUGGAGCUGCAUACCAAUGCCCUGCAGAUACUCCUCGAGGAGACGCUGCUGCGGUGCGGAGACCUGGCCUUGUCCCUGCGCCUCCUGCGUGCCGACUGCCUCAGCACCGGCCUGGAGCUGCUCCGGAGGAUCCAGGAGAGGCUGCUGGCUAUCCUGCAGCAUUCUACCCAGGACUUCAGGGUCGGUCUGCAGAGCCCAUCGUUAGAGACCCGAGAGGCGAAAGGAUCCAACGUGCCUGGCAGUCAGCUGAAAGUGGCUCCCUCCCUCCCUAGGCCCCAGGGCUCCUCUGGGCUGGAGGUGGAUGAGGAGGAGGAUGAGGAGGAUGAUGUGCCCGAGUGGCAGCAGGACGAGUUUGAUGAGGAGCUGGACAACGACAGCUUUUCCUAUGACGAGGAGUCCGAGAACCUGGACCGAGACACUUUCUUCUUCGGUGAUGAGGAGGAUGAUGAGGCCUACGACUGAGGGGCAGGACACAGGGAACACGUGGAGCCACCCCAGAGUCCUGGGGGCUGAGGAGGGGAGGUCGCCCCUUCCUGCCAUUGUUGGGGAAGGCGAUUCCCAGUGUCUGCAGUACCUUCUGUUUACUGAAUAAACUUUUUUCCACA